GUCCUCCGCCGCCGCGCCAACAACCAAACUGUUMAUUGAUGGGAAGUUUGUGGAGUCCAAAACGACUGAAUGGAUCGAUAUCCACAACCCAGCAACAAAUGAAGUGGUUGGUCGGGUGCCAAAGGCCACCCCAAGUGAGAUGGAGGCUGCUGUGGCUUCGUGCAAAAAGGCUUUUACGAACUGGUCAGAAACAUCUGUUCUGAGUCGCCAGCAAAUCUUCCUGCGUUACCAACAGCUAAUCAAAGACAAUCUGAAAGAAAUUUCAAAACUCAUCACCUAUGAGCAAGGGAAGACCCUGGCUGAUGCUGAAGGAGACGUGUUCCGAGGCCUCCAGGUGGUUGAACAUGCCUGCAGUGUGACAUCCCUCAUUCUGGGAGAGACCAUGCCCUCCAUCACUAAAGACAUGGACACUCACACCUACCGUCUGCCUCUGGGAGUGUGUGCUGGAAUUGCACCGUUCAAUUUCCCAGCCAUGAUUCCUCUUUGGAUGUUCCCCAUGGCUAUGGUUUGUGGAAACACCUUCUUGAUGAAACCAUCUGAGCGUGUUCCGGGAACGCUCAUGUUCCUUGCUAAGCUCUUUCAAGAYGCAGGUGCCCCCGAUGGGACCCUGAAUAUCAUCCAUGGACAGCAUGAAGCUGUGAAUUUCAUCUGUGACCAUCCGGAUAUCAAAGCAAUCAGCUUUGUGGGAUCUAAUCAGGCUGGCGAGUACAUCUAUGAGAGAGGAUCCCGGAAUGGCAAGAGGGUCCAGGCCAACAUGGGAGCCAAGAACCAUGGUGUGGUGAUGCCUGAUGCCAAUAAAGAGAACACCUUGAACCAGCUGGUUGGAGCUGCUUUUGGAGCAGCUGGCCAACGCUGCAUGGCCCUGUCUACCGCAAUCUUAGUGGGAGAAUCACAGAAAUGGCUGCCAGAACUUGUGGAGAGAGCCAAAAACCUACGUGUUAAUGCAGGAGACCAACCUGGUGCAGAUCUAGGGCCCCUGAUCAGUCCCCAAGCUAAGGCACGGGUUUGUCAUCUGAUCGAGCAGGGAGUCAAGGAAGGUGCCAGCCUUCUUCUGGAUGGACGUCACAUCAAAGUGAAGGGCUAUGAAAAUGGCAAUUUUGUUGGGCCAACGAUCCUUGCCAAUGUGAAGCCAAACAUGACUUGCUACAAGGAAGAAAUCUUUGGGCCCGUCUUGGUGGUUAUGGAAGCAGACAAUUUAGACGACGCAAUUGAGAUGGUGAACAAUAAUCCCUACGGCAACGGAACUGCCAUCUUUACCACCAAUGGAGCCACAGCUCGGAAAUAUUCCCACUUAGUAGAUGUGGGGCAGGUGGGUGUCAAUGUUCCAAUCCCAGUACCUCUGCCCAUGUUCUCUUUCACCGGCUCUCGGGCUUCUUUCAGAGGAGACACCAAUUUCUAUGGCAAACAGGGAGUGCAGUUCUACACACAGCUUAAAACUGUUAUUUCUCAAUGGAAAGAGGAAGAUGCCACUGUUAUCAAGCCUGCUGUGGUUAUGCCAACUAUGGGGAACUAAGUCAACCUUUACAGAUGCUGUCUCUGGUGCCCUUCUCCAUCUGUGCUGCAGACACUUUCCCAGCUUUGUCCAGACUAUCAGCAUUUGCUUGGGAAUGAAUAGAAAGCUGCAUUUUUCUCAAGGGCCUGUGUUUCUGGUUAAAUUGGGCAGACUCAUGUAACACAGUCUGGGGUUCCUAUUGCUGUCAGCCGUUUUCAGUUAACUGAAUUCAAAUUUCUUCUGGUAACCCUUUGCAGAGGAAAUAAUCUUAUUCAAUGGAAAGUUUGAGAUUAACAAUGGGAUUGACCUCAGUUUAUAUUUAUUUCCAGACUCACUCAAUUUGAACAUUAUUCUGACUGUUUUCCACUUCAAUAUCUUUAGCCUUAGUGACUUACUACUGGCUACAUUUUGUGGCAUUUUUCUUUAUCUCCUUAUCUUACAUUUUGAGUUACUCAAAACAGUUAACACUCUUUUUGAGUGUCAUCUCUGGGAUGCUUCAGAUGUCUCAUAGAAGUGUUUCACAGAAGUGACUUUACAUAAAAUGAAGAUACCACAUAUUGAAGUUUCUAUUGUUGAAGUUCAGAAAAUAUCACUUUCAUAGUGAUAUUUCAAGACAUUGAAGGAUCAGUAGGCUAGAAGAAUACAUAAAUAUAUAUAUGCACACCUAUAUAUUUUUUUAAUCAGAAAGCAGCCAGGUCUUCUCUUGUUUAAUUUGCCUGACUCUAGUUGUAGUGCUUGUAUAGGUUGUUUGACUCUGUUAAAUUUUGCUGCAACAUACAGUAACAUCCUCCAGGGACUGCAGGUCUUGUUAGUAGAGAGGGUUAAGUCUUAGUUGACCCUGUCCUUAAAAUAUGUGCAUUCAGAGUUAGAGAACUUAUAUUUUUUUAUUCCUGCUUCACCUGGAAGGUGAUACAGCAAAAAGGACCUGCAGGAAGGCACAUUCAAGCACCCAUGGAAAAUAAUAAUAUUCUAAUGAUUCUAAUCAUGACUCUUUCCAAUUAAAAAGCUGAAUGUGAACACUUUGUAUUCUGCCUUCUCAUAAGGGUGCCUUUUGUUACUGACAGUUGUAUAUUAGUGCAACUGAUCUGGAUCCACUAAUGUUUGUAUCUUGCUUUUUCACUUUGUAGUACCCUAGAGGGCGAUCCUCACCUUGGCAAUUUGUUUAUGAAUUAAAAACUUGCUAAUACA